AUGGCGACCGCUGAAGAAACUUCAAACAAUCAUUCAUCAAGCAACAAUCAAACUACCACAGCUGCGAAUGGUGAUUUUGUAAAUCCAUUCUAUCUCAGCAGUAGUGAUAACAACACUGUUCAACUCGUUUCUCAGAAGUUGAUUGGAGGUAGAAAUUACUUUCCAUGGGCGAGAUCAAUGGUCAUCGCACUCAAUUCUAGGCACAAGACUGGCUUUGUCGAUGGCACCAUAGCAGAGCCAAGUCCAGAUUCACCACAAUUCAUUUUGUGGACUCGGUGUAAUAUGACAGUGCUCAGUUGGAUUAUUAAUUCAGUAUCACCAAACAUUGCUUCUAGCAUUAUGUACACUGACAAUGCUAGAACAAUUUGGCUGGAUCUUCGCCAUAGGUUUUCUCAGAAAAGUGGCCCUAGAAUUUUUGAACUUCAGAAGGAAUCAGCUUACCUUGUUCAGGGGCAAUUGUUUGUGGAAGAUUAUUACACGAAGUUCAAAGCCUUGGUUGAUGAAUUGGCUAACUAUCAAACUGUGCCUGUGUGUAAAUGUCCCUGUAAUUGUGGAGCUCAAAGAACCACUUCAGACUUAUAUGAUCGUGAUCAAGUGAUGUGA